AUGGAGAAGGCGCCAGGAAGUCCGGUUUUACGCGCGACUCCAUUUUGCUGCUUGCUCCUCCUCUGCUUGCUCUACUCUGUCGACUUCAGAUUUAAUGAGACUCGGCCAUCAGAUCAAUGGAACAAACUGAGAACGAACUGGAGCAGGAAUCGCGUAGAAGGAAGGACUCAGAUAAAAGAUGAAGAUCCCCUUUAUCUUCUUUCGAAAAGACUAGUGGAAGGAGAAAAUCAAACUCAACUGGAAGCCACCGGAUUUGCUUGCGAUUCUAAGAGUCGCACUGAUGUUUGUGUGUCUACUAGACCAGUGAGGAUCGACACGCUUACAAUGAAGCUUUAUGCAUCAUUCAGUCAAGGCAUGCCCCAAGCCAGUCGCACAAUCCAUCCAUAUGCGGUGAAGGACGACGAGUCACUCAUGAAUACUUCGGUUACAGCAGUCCAGAUACUUCCAGGAAAUAUCACCCUCUCCCCGCCUUGUCAGUACACCCACAAUGUCACAGCCGUAAUCUUCUCAUCUGGUGGAUACGCACGAAACAUAUUCCAUGAAUUUAAUGAAGUAAUCAUUCCUUUGUUCCUCACUAGUCGCCACUUUCAAUCUCGCCUACAAUUUAUUGUCACUGAUUUCAGGGAUGAGUUUCUUGCCAAAUACAAGAAAAUUUUAUCCCAUUUGUCUAGCUAUGAAGUUAUUAAAGUUUUUACUCCGGCGUUGAAUGGAAGCAUGCAUUGCUUUCCUGGAGCAGUUGUUGGGCUUCACUACCACGACCAUCUCACCAUAUCGAACACUACUAUCCCUAAAGGUUACUCCAUGCUUGAUUUCAAACAGUUUCUCAGAGAAUCAUACAAUCUAAGGAAACAAGAUUUGUCACAGAUGGAAAAACCGGUGUUGGUUCUAAUAUCUCGAACAAAGUCACGAAUGUUUCUGAACGAAGAUCAGGUGUUGACCAUGAUGAGGGCAUUGGGCUUCACUGUUGUUGUCGCAAAGCGUAAUACGCUGGCCCAUUUAGACAAGGUUGCAGAGAUGUUGAACCGGUGCAGCGUACUGGUUGGUGCCCACGGUGCCGGGCUGACAAAUGAAGUGUUCUUGUCCGAAGGAGCUGUCGUGGUGCAGGUGGUGGGGCUGGGCCUGGACUGGGCCUCGGAAAACUACUUCGGAGUGCCAGCUAGAGGGAUGGGUCUGAAUUAUGUAGAGUACAAAAUCGAAGCAGAGGAAAGCUCUCUCAUCUCUCUCUACGGCAGAGAUCACCCUGUCAUUGUUGAUCCGACAUCCGUAUACUCGCAAGGGUAUGAGGUUGGUAGGGCUGUGUACCUUAAGCGGCAGAAUUUCAACAUUGACGUCGUGAGGUUUAGAGAGACUCUUGUCAAAGCACUUGGACUUGUUGGGCGGUCAGCAAAAACGCCGGGUUUGCCGUGA